CUUAUGUAUGUAUGAAAGUUGAGAAAUAAAACAUAGUUCUUGCUUUUACUUAGUUUCGUACUUCAAAUUUUUUUAUAAAAAAUAAAUUUAUGUUCUUUUUUUAAACAAAUCAUGUAAAUAAAACUUUAAAUUUGUGACCCAGGGGACCGUUUUUUUUCUUUUUUAAGGGCUAAUUAAAAAAAAUUCAACUGCUGUUUUUGUUUUUACUUUUUCUUCUUUAAAUGUACAAGAAUUUUGAAAAUGACCCAAAUCACGAAUUUUUGUCAAAUUUUCAAAAUUAUACAAGUCUAACAGAAAACACAUGAACAGCUUAUAAGAAAGCAGAUUAAAACCAAUAACAAUAAUAAUUAUGAUAUUUAAAUAUUUAACCAAGUUAAAAGUUAACCAGAAUUUGCUGUUAAAUCCUGGUAUGGCAAAAACAUGUAAAAAAUGCGUGGAAACAUGUGGUGUAGGAAAAUUGGAACCGUCAGUGUUAAAAGAGCUUAACGAAGCCUUUGAAAAAUUAUCGACUUCGGAUUCUAAAUCGCUUUUAAAAAAGUACCUAACUGCCGAUGUUUUUAAAAGCAUCGUCAACAAGAAAACCUCCUUUGGGUCUACUUUGCUAGACUGUAUACAAUCAGGGGUUGCAAAUUUGGAUUCUUCCGUGGGACUAUAUGCCCCGGAUACUGAAGCUUACAAUGUUUUCGCCGAAUUGUUUAACCCUGUUAUUGAAGAGUACCAUCUGAAUUUCACCAAAGAUGAUUCUCAACCCCCUGUAAAUUUCGGUAAUACCAACUGCAUGGCGGAUUUGGACCCUAAAGGGACUUUCAUUGUUUCUACAAGGGUGAGAUGUGGCAGAUCAUUGGCUAAAUAUCCUUUGAAUCCUUGUAUGACUGAGGAACAUUAUAUUAAAUUGGAAGAGGAGGUCAAAUGUGCUUUAGGAAAUCUUACAGGUGAACUGGGUGGCGACUACUUGCCCCUAAAAGGCAUGUCGAAAAUAACUCAGAAGAAGCUAAUAGACGAUCAUUUUUUGUUUGCCGAGGGCGAUCGGUUUCUCCAGGCGGCUAAAGCCUCGAGAUUUUGGCCGACAGGUCGAGGAAUUUUUUUGAACGACGCCAAAACAUUCGUCGUCUGGGUAAACGAGGAGGAUCACAUGAGAAUCAUCUCGCUGCAAAAGGGGGGCGAUUUGGGGCAAGUGUAUAAAAGAUUUGUUAAAGGGGUGGAAGAACUGGGCUCUCAGCUGACGUUUGCCAGAGACGAAAGGCUUGGUUAUUUGACGUUUUGUCCCACCAAUAUAGGCACUGGUAUUAGAGCUUCAGUGCACAUCAAAGUGCCAAAACUGGCGGCGGACGAAAGUGUGUUGCACGCGGUUGCCAAAAAAUACAACUUGCAAGUGCGAGGUACCGGGGGCGAGCACACUUCUGCGCAGGACGGUGUUUAUGACAUUUCCAACAAGCGCCGUCUUGGAUUAAGCGAGUACGAUGUGGUAAGAGAGAUGCAAGACGGAAUAAUGGAAAUUAUAAAAGAGGAAAAAUCGAAAUCCGAUUGAUGUAAUGUUUAUGUUUCAUGUUUAAUAAAUAAAAGGUUUGUGAUUUGUUUUACAUUAGUUUUAUUUAUUUAAGAAUUAAGUGUAGUUUUUGAAGAAUUUUAAAUAUGUAAU